AUGAGUAUACAUCAAGAUCAGGUCAACCAACAAGCCAAAUCUCGUCUUUCAGAAUGGCAAAUUGAUGGUAUAGUAAACUGUCACAGAGCAGGUAUCAAAGAAAAUGUGAUCUGCAAGACCAUGAACCUGUCCCCGUCUACGGUAAGCACCGUGAUCAAGAGGGCAGGCUCUAAAGGCACCGGAUUGCUUCGAAAACGUUCUGGAGCACCAUUGAAGAUGGAUAAUAGAGAUCAGAGACGACUCGCACGUCAGCUUCGCUCUGCACCGUUGUUACCAAUGAAGAACCAUUUGAAGUUAUGGUGUGACGCCGACCCAUCAAUUUCAAUGGAUACGUUCAGGAAGUAUAUGAAGCUAAUUGGAUCUCAAUCAUAUAAGACUGUACACAAGCCAGCAUUGACACCUGAGCACAAGCUGAAAAGACUCUCCUGGUGCUUGGACAAAGUCGGAUGGGGCCAGAACAGUGGAGAAAGAUUGUUUGGUCCGAUGAGUCCAAAUUCAUGGUUCUCGGUAAUGAUGGUGGCUCUAGGGUGA